GAGCAGAACUCGAACAGUCAAAGCUUUUAUUUCGCAUUUCGAUGUUUCAGUGGUUUGCUUUUUGCCUUUUUCCUUACUUACUCCAGUCAAUGAACCGUCUCUGGUCUUCUCAGUCUCGAGUGUGAACCAUAAGCAAUCUUCUACUCUAGCAAUAUUUCGUGUACUCAGUACACCGCGGUACCGGUACAUGUAGCUUUUGAAAAAUUCUAGGAAAUACAGUACGUUGUAGUAAGAAUUUUUAUUAUGUUUGUUUAUGGCAGUUCCCCUGUUGUAACGCCAAAGUCUCUAUUACCUAGAAGCUGAGGACGACCUGCAAACUAAGCCUUUGACGCUGUUGAGUGGAAUAUCCUCUUCGAAAGCAUGGAAGCGUGUGGUGUGGCCUGUGAAGAGAGGGUUCGUUCCUGUGAGGUGGACGCAGUGGUGUUCUGCGUCGAGUGUGGCACGAACCAGUGCUCGUCGUGCAACUCAGCACUGCACGAGACAUCCACGGCCAGUGCCCAGUACGCAUCGCACACUAGACUAGACCUGGGGCGGGUGUGCGACGUGCGUCUCUGCACACCGGUCACCACUGCCGUGGUCACGUGUAGAGACUGUAUUGGAGAGCCUCGCCUGUGCUCGGGCUGUGAUAGCCAGCGUCACAGAGCGGAUGGUGUGCGCCAUAGCCACGUACGAGUACCCAUAGGAGCAGCUGCACAGACCGUUGAUGAUGGUUUCUCCACGGUGUCCCUCGGUGAAGACUCUGGGCCUGGUGACAACGGCAGUAGUCUUGCACUGCUGCAAGUCCAGCAAGAUGUGGGUGAAUGUGUUAUUACUAGCCGGACGUCGACCCAGCAUUAUGUAGUCGAGGACCAACAACAGCAGCGACAACAACAACCACAACAACCACAACAACAACAACAACCACAGCAACAACCACAACAACAACCACAACAGCAACAACAACAACAACGUAAUCAACAGCCACGGCCUAAGCCACGGCCGUCCUCCACUAGGCAGAAAACGGAAGCAAGGAGCGACGCGAAGAGUGCUAUACAGAGUGUAAUGCUGUUCGAUAGCACUGAACAACUGCAGAUAACAAGUGCGGAAGACCUGGCACGACGUUUGGGUUGUGAGGCCACCACAUCAGUCAAGGUCGUCUCGAUCGUGGGCAAUACCGGUGAUGGGAAGUCGUUCACACUGAACAGGCUCUUCUUCGGCGGACGCCAGGUGUUUGGUGAGUCGGCCAGCACCGAUUCCUGCACCAUGGGCGUGUGGGCGGCGUAUGAUAAAGCCACCAGCACGGUUGUGCUGGACACGGAGGGCAUGAUGGGCGUCUCGCAGAACGUCAACAAGCGGGUGCGCAUGCUGCUCAAGGUUCUGGCUAUUUCAGACGUGAUCAUAUACAAGACAUGUGCUGGGCGCCUGCACCAUGAUAUGUUCACAUUCCUGUCAGAUUCCUCGAAGGCUUUCCAGAACCAUUUUGCCAAGGAGCUGAAGAACGCGGUGCGACGGAGCAAAGCGAGCUUCUCUGCGAACACUCUGGCGCCGUCGGCGAUUGUGUUUCACGAGACGCAGCGAACGAAUCUUCUGGGAGAGGCGACCGGCGAUGCCGAGCAGGUUCAUCGGAAGACUGGCAAUGAAAUGCUGAUGGCUCGUUUUGCCGAGCUGCGCUUGCCACAGCCUGAGUUCAGCAGUCUACAUUACUGUGGCACUCGCGUUCUGAACGGGCAUACCGACUUCAGUGCUCUGAAGCAGCUGGUCGACAAUCGGUUAUUGGACUCCAGUGUGCGGACGGCCAGGCCAGUACACUGUAUGAUGGCUGCUCUCAAGCACUUAAACAAGAAGUUUGACGGUCAGCUGCCGGAGAGUUUGGACAAGAUGUUCCCGGACGAGUACUUCACGUGUCAGGCAGUGUGUGAAGCAUGCAACUGUCGGUGUGACCGUACGAUGAACCAUGACAAAGAUUGUGGAUCAGGCACCAGUAGCGCAGGCGCGACCGUCCCGACCAGGCACAACUGUGAAAAGCGCUGUGUGUACCAGGCGGAACUUGAUAACAAGGUCUACCUGUGCAGGGGAUGUCUCACCAACGGCAGAGAGCAGAUCGUUGUUCCCAAAAUGGCUCAGGCUCAGUCCUCACUGUGGGGAGGGUUGCUGUCGAAUGCUGUUUAUGGCUACGUCAUUGAGUGCCCCCAGUGUGGAGUGAUCUUCCGAGAGCGUGAGCGCUGGUACGGAAACAAAGAUCCCAGCGAAUGUGCGGUGCGGGAUGAGAUUCGGCAUGUGUGGCCCGGGGAGAAAAUUGUUGGCACGCGCACCCAGAAUGCCGGCCGGCGCUUGCUGGAAGGCGUCUCCACUGCCAGCAGUGUAGUUUCAUCGAUCGGCGCCACACCGGCUCGUUUCCUGGCCGACUGGGUUGCCGAUUCCAUUGCUCCCGAUUACUGGGUACCCAACGCUCAAAUCACGAACUGUAAGAAAUGCAAGAAAGACCUGACCACGGACGAAACACGUCACCACUGCCGCGCAUGCGGCGAGGGCUUCUGCAAGGACUGCUCCUCGCACUCCAUGCCUGUGGAGUGGCGUGGUUGGCCAGCAAAUGCGCCUGUGCGGGUCUGCGACACUUGCUUUGAGAACGGACCGGAGCCUGCCACACCAACAUCGGAGAAUGGAGCCGAGACAGCUGACGUGCCCUCUACCACGCCACGGCGCAUGGGUGAAGUUGUAGCGAUAGCGGCUAGUGCCGUGGCCGGCGCCAUGGAGUACCCAAAGGCCAUGCUGAAGGACGCAGCUCGGCCAGCUUACUGGGUUGCCGACAAGGACAUCACCCAAUGCUCAGUGUGCUCACAGGACUUCAACGAGAAGCUGCUCCUGCACCACUGCCGAGCGUGUGGCAAUGGCGUUUGCGAUGGCUGCUCGCAGAAACGCCGUACGGUCCCCGACCGUGGCUGGGACAUGGACGUGCGAGUGUGCGACAAGUGCUUUGGCAACAAUGAGGAUGAGUAACCCCCUGCAGAACGUUAUGUUCUUGUGAGCGCGUACGCACACUUGCCGUGCACGUGCUUGUCUUGAUCAGUCCUUUGUUUUUAUGGCGAAGCACGCCCUUACGAUAACUGGUGCGGUGAAAGUCACUGACCCUGACAAGGCAGUGUCGGUAAAUCUGGUCUUUUUUGCAAGUAUUUUCAGGCAUGUGUCCUUCAACUCGCCUUUGUCACACAUGCUUUGAUUUUAACUUUUGAUCUGUGGCGCCACUUUCAUGAGCCUAGUUCUUUUUAUCUACAUAGUAGUUUUGUCUUGUGUUCGUCGUUGCUGGUGGCACUGGUGCCGUGUAGCUCCGCUUUUACCCUUAGCUUUUGAAAGCGCAUCACGUCAUUCUUGCAUGGCGUUAUGACCUGCGUUUAUUUGCCGGUUCUGCAGAGCAUUGGCCGAUCAUCCGCGUCCCAUAGUCAAGUAUUAGUCUUUCUCAUUUUAGCCCUCUCUGUUGACAGUUUUUAAUGUUCUCGGUGGAAUAGACCCAUGGUCACACGGGAAAUUCUCCUGGCUGUUCUAGCUGCGUGUACGCGCGCAUUUUCAUGUUUUACUAGCUAGAAGCAAAGCCCUGGAAACCUGCAUGCCAUUUUCGUUUCAAUUUUCAUUAAAAGCGCUUAUUUUGCAUGAGCUGGAUCUCAUUGAUUUUUCAUAGAAGACAUAGUUGGAAGUAUACGACAUAUUUCGCUAUGAUGUUGCGUUCUUGCUUCCCCUCCGUUCAUCAAAAUAAUAUUAUAGGUAUGAGUUUUAGCGCUGCUGAAGCCUGCUGCAUCUUUCUGUAUUCCCAUCGUCAGAUUUCAAUUAAUUCUUUUUUUAGUAGUCCUAGGCUAUUUAAUUCACCUACUUGACAGUGGCAACAUUGUUUCUUGUUUCUAGUCAAGAUGGAGUCAUUGAGUGGA